AUGGGCAAGUUCGGAUUCAGCAAGAAAGGGGACGGAGAGGACGAUGCUAGCCGUUCUGCUCUGUUUGGAAGUCGCUCUUCCAAGAAUGCCUCCCCAGCUGCCUCGAAUCCCUACGCACAGACAGCCGCAGCUGAUCCAUACGCACAAGAUACCAACAAAUAUGCAAACAUGGGCCCUCCAUCUGGUUCCCCGUACCAGCAAGCCAGAUCACAAUACGGUCUCCCUAGCGGACCUCCUGGGGGUCGAGGUCGAGGCUUGCCUGGAGGUCCUGGUGCAAACAGAGGAGGACCACCUCCUGGGCCACCCCCUGCAGUUAACCGUGGACCACCGAGUGGAGGUGGCUAUGGAGCUGAAAAAUAUGGAAGCGGUGGAGGUUACGGCACGAAUAGAUAUGAUAAUGCACCUAGUUAUGGUGCCCCCGCCGCAGACACAGGCUCUAAAUACGGUCCUGGUGGGUAUGGAGGACUAGGACGAACAAACAGCAAUGAGACGACCACAACGGAAGACAAUCGCAACGCCUUAUUCGGCGGAGCCAAAGACAGAUAUGCACAAAAAGCUGCCGCGCCUCCUGCCAACGGUCAACCAGGUACUGGUUAUGGAGCCGAGUCAGGAGCGUCAGGUGCCGAGGGAGGGUAUGGUGCCUAUGGUGAAGAGAGACAGUUGACAGCCGAGGAAGAAGAGGAAGAAGAUGUUCAAGCAACCAAGCAGCAGAUCCGUUUCAUGAAGCAGGAGGAUGUUUCAUCAACCAGGAAUGCCCUUCGAAUUGCAGCCCAAGCCGAGGAAACUGGCAGAGGCACAUUGGCAAGACUUGGCGCACAGGGCGAGCGAAUUCACAACACAGAAAAGAAUUUGGAUAUCGCCGCAAACCAUAACCGCAUCGCUUCGGAGAAGGCUAGAGAACUAAAGACUUUGAACGGGAGCAUGUUUGCUGUGCAUGUUUCCAACCCCUUUACAGCAUCCUCGAGGAGGGAAAAACGAGAUCAAGAGAUUCUCGAGAAGCAUCGCACGGAACGUGAACAACGCGACACUACACGUCAAGCUGCAUUUGGAAGUCAGCAGCGAAUGGAACGCAAUUUCAAAGACCUCCAGCCUGGAGACCAAGGCUAUCGACCACAGCAGACUAAACAAAGCCUUGCGGACCGGUCCAAGUUUCAAUUCGAGCCAGAUUCCGAGGAUGAAGAGAUGGAAAACGAGAUUGACAGCAACAUCGAUGCAUUGGGUCAUGCUGCUGGCCGAUUGAACCUUUUGGCGAGAGCUACAGGCAAGGAAGUAGAAGCUCAGAAUGAGGUUAUCGACCGGGUUAUUGUAAAGAGCGACCGGGUGGACGACCAGAUUGCGAUGAAUCGGGCUAAACUGGAUCGGAUCCAUUGA